UGUUAGCAAAUUUUUCUACCGUUUGAAUUUUGAAUUCAAAUUUAAAAAUCUUAUUUCCAAAAAUUCAAUGAUUUCGCAAUUAUCUAAUGACAGAAUUUCAAUUUAAUAAUUAUAUAAUUACGUCAUAGAUAAUUACAUAAAUAUCAGUAAAGAAUUACAUAACUCCAAGUGGGGGUUGAGUUAUCGUGAGAAUUAAUGUUUAAACUUGUUAAUUACAAUUAAUGCCAUUGAUUAGUGUGAUUCAAAGUGCCAUAGAGAGUUGUUUGCGCGUCGACGAUAAACUCGGGGAGAACUGAAAAGUUUUUAGAAAGUUUAGAAAACAACUUUACGUUUUCUGAUUGUCAGCGUUAAAAGGAAUGUUGCAUAAAUAAUAAGGAGGUAGUGAAGGAAUAAUUUAUUUGAAAUGUACGAGAGACAAUUUUCAAAGAGGACAAAUAAAGUUUUACACAAUUUAUCCCGGAGUCAUCCAAUGGAACGUUGAGAGUUAAAGAGUUAUUCGACUUUAAAUAGAAAAAUCCAAAAAAAAAGGCGCACUACAAGAAUCAAGUUGUUCGGCAAAGCGGUGGAUUGACAGAAAAUGUGAUUUAUCGCCUCGUUGAGGAUCAAAACAUCUUGCACGAAUGGAUAGAAAUCAUAGUGCACUGACGGAGGACAAGCAUAAUGGUGAACGAGAGCGUAGGCUACACGGAUGAGCAACGAUGGAAUCAAUCGGCUGGAGAGGAGUUACGAAACCUAGAAACCGAGUACCUACCCUCCUGGUCUGAUCUUGCGCUUGCUGCUUUGUUCUUGAUCCUCAUUGUCGUCACCAUUGUCGGAAACACGCUCGUAAUCGCUGCAGUAAUUACGACCAGGCGACUGCGGUCCGUCACUAAUUGUUUCGUGUCCAGUCUGGCAGCUGCGGAUUUAUUGGUUGGUUUGGCAGUAAUGCCACCAGCCGUACUAUUGCAAUUAAACGGUGGAUCCUGGGAACUGGGGGAGAUUCUUUGCAUAGCUUGGGUCUCGUUGGAUGUUCUCCUAUGUACUGCCAGUAUCCUGUCCUUGUGUGCCAUAUCUAUAGAUAGGUAUUUGGCUGUGACGCAGCCUUUAAUCUACAGUAGACGACGAAGAAGUAAAAGACUGGCGGCAUUGAUGAUCAUUGUUGUUUGGUUUGUGGCCGGGGCCAUAACAAGUCCACCAUUAUUAGGUUGCUUUCCACAGGCAACAAAUCGUGAUAGCACAAAAUGUUCAUAUAACAUGGACUCAUCGUACGUAAUAUUCUCAGCAAUGGGCUCCUUUUUUCUUCCCAUGCUGGUCAUGCUCUACGUUUACGCCCGGAUUUCCUGUGUUAUCGCUGGAAGACACAGAAAUUUGGAAGCAACUGAGAGCGACAAUUUUCGCCGUCGACGGCCACUUUUGAGUGAAAGAACGAAAAGUAUAAUAAAAAAGAAGAAAUCAGAUGGAAAUACGACUUCAGAAGGUACAAGUGACUCGUGCGAUAAAGCACCGAGUCAAAAUGAGAUAUCAACGACUUGUCGGAAGUUUGGAACAAUUCGUACCCAUCAUCAUAGCUGUAUCAACAGGGUGGCGAGGGAAACGAAGACCGCUGGUACUUUAGCGGUGGUUGUUGGGGGCUUUGUUGCAUGUUGGCUCCCAUUCUUCAUUCUUUAUCUAAUCACUCCUUUUUUACCUAUGGAGCCGCCAGACCUUCUCAUGCAGGCUCUCACGUGGUUGGGUUGGAUUAAUUCGGCUAUUAAUCCGUUCAUUUAUGCCUUUUAUUCGGCUGACUUUAGACUGGCUUUUUGGCGACUUACAUGUCGGAAAUGUUGCCGUAGUCGAACUCCAUUAAAUCAAGUCGAUCGCAGUAUUCCUCCACCUGCUAGUUGGCGGAAGGAAACAUCAAAAACUUGAGUCCUGGAAACGAAAGUGUGAUUUAAAUUCUGAGAAGUGAAAAGAAAAAGGAAAAAUAAAGAAAAAUGUUUUUGAUUCGUCGCUGAAUAAAAUGCUAUUACAACUGUGAUUCUUCAAAAAAAAAAAAAAAAAAAAAAAAAAAACGUGGUAACCGCAAUCCCCCCUCAAAAGAAAAUAUCUCUAUAGUUAAUUAAAAUAGUGAACAAUAUAAAACUGUUUUUAUAAAAAUCACUAUAUAUCACGAUUCACGAUAAAAAAAAGAACAAACCGACUAAUAAAUUUUAACACCUUUAAAAAAAACUCCCCUUCAAAAAAAUAUCAAAUAAAAUUUUACUUUCUCAUAAAACUUCUUAACACGUUUUCUAAGACAUUUUUUACAUUUGCAAACAAAAUCUCAUUAAUGAGACACAAUGCAAGAAAAAUUAGGAUAAAACUCAAUAAACUAAAAUAAAUAUAUAGUGCAAUGUUAUUUAAAUUCGUGAAAACGUGAAUUAAAACAAAAUUGCAACUAAUUUCCGCUUUUUAUAUUCAAGAAAUUUGUUUGUCAAAAAAAUCUAAUUCGUAUGAAGAAUGAGAAUAAAACAUUAUAAAUGAAUUAUAAAUUGCACAUGUGAUAUAAAAAUGUAUAAAAGAAAAAAAUAUUCGAGAAAUUUGUAAAGAAGAAUAUGUGAGAGAAUUUAAAAAAAAAAUUUACUAAAUAUAAAUAGGAUUAUAAGUAAUGUAGACUUGUAUUGAUAAAAGAAUGGACAGAUGUUUUCUUUUAUGUAAAAUAAUUGAAGAAAAAACACUUUUCAUUGAAAAUAAUCGCAAAAAAAACAAAGUUGCCUGAAUGAGAGUUAGUGCAGAAGUAUGUAAUAUUCAGAAUAAGGCAAAUGAAAGAUUUUUAGAAAAGUAAAUGUGUAGUCUAACUCUUGACUAUCAAAUAAUGAAAAGUAUGGCUUUAUGAAAAUA